UAUGCACCUCGGAUCACGUAAAUACAUUUGCUUCCUUGUAGAAACCAUCAGAAGUAGUGAGUCGAUCUCUGGAGAGUGACAGCCGUCUGCACAGGGCUUGUUUAGGUGAACACGAUGGGGAAAAUAGAGUGGGCGAUGUGGGCUAACGAGCAGGCUCUGGCUUCGGGACUUAUUCUCCUCACUGGAGGCAUUGUGGGGGUGGCUGGACAGUUCAGAGGCUGGCAGUUUGCUGCUUAUGCAGUUGCUGCUGGGGUGUUUGUGUGUCUACUUGAGUAUCCCAGAAGCAAGAGGGCCAAGGGCACGAGUGUGGAGAGAUCGGGCCAGUACUGCUUUACUGUGUGUGUAAAAGCCUUUGGGCCACUGACAAGGAACUAUUAUGUCAGAGCAUUUUUACAUGCUGCAAUCUGUGUACCUGGAGGUUUUAUGCUUGCUACUGUCCUCGGAUGUGUCUGCCUCGGCAUUGCCAGCCUCAUCUACCUGGUGGCUGCUAUCCGAGGUGAACACUGGGAGCCCAUUCUUCCAAGGAAGGAGGUCCGAAAGCCUGUUGCAGAGAGCAUCAAGAAUCCUCCCCAGAAUCCACCACCAAGACCUCCUGCAGAGAUGCGCAGGAAACGGGUAGACGACCUGGAGGGAGCAGCCUAUGACAACCCCAUCACUGUCACAGACAAUUAGUAACCGGUCCAGUGUCCCAUUCCCUCUAUCCCUUCCCCCUGUCUGCCUGAGAUCUUGGUACAAUUAAACCCAUCAAAACCACUCACAGUGGGGCGUCACCAGAUUCUGUGAUUCUGGACAAAUGAAUAGUUUUCUGAAGUGUAGUGAAGCUAGUGACUGGACUGCAUGUUGGGUCCACCUUCAUACCUCAACCUGCAGACAAAUAUCUUGAAAACAGAGCAAAAUGUUUCUUAGCAAGAACUAAGAAUUAAAAGGAGGUGAGGUAAAGUGAAUGUCAUAUUUUACUUUUGAACAAAAAAAAAAAAAACGUGCCGCAGGAGAUUAUUGUAAGUGGUAUAGCUGCUAAGUGGCAACCACAUACAGAUAUUGUCAAGUCAAAAGACUGUAAGUGAUCACUGCUGUGCAAACAAGUGCCUGUCUUCUGCUACAACCACCAUAUAUUUUAUUUUUUACUUACCCUUUGUUCUUAAUCUGUAUGUAUUUAAGUAUUUCUUGAAGUCAACUGAUCAAAAUACAGUAGGACUACAUAGCACUGUUUGCUAUGAUUAACAUAUUGGCACAUAUGUAUGUGGCGGAUAUUAGCCAUUCAUUAUUUUAUUCUGUACUUUUAUGUCUUGUAAAUAAAUUCUGCAAGCCCUUUGAAUCAUG